AUGGCACCUGAAUAUAUAAGGGAAGGACAAUUCUCCGUGAAGUCUGAUGUUUUCAGUUUUGGUGUACUGGUUCUAGAGAUAAUAAGUGGCCAGAAAAACAGUGGCUUUCAACAUGGAGAGCAUGUCGAGGAUCUUAUAAGCUUCGCGUGGAAUACCUGGAGGGAGGGAACAGCGUCCAAUCUCAUAGACCCCACAUUGAAUAAAGGUUCAAGAAAUGAAAUGAUUAGAUGCAUCCACAUUGGUUUACUCUGUGUUCAGGGACAUUUAGCUGACAGACCAACCAUGGCUUCUGUUGUACUCAUGCUUAAUAGCUAUUCUCACACACUCCCUGUGCCUUCAGAGCCUGCGUUUUUUAUGCACACAAGAGGCUUCUCAGAUAGUCAGAUGUUGGAGUUUAAUUCAGGUGCAACAGAACCAAACAAAUCUGAGACUAUGGAAGAAGACAACAGGAAGGAAGGAGUUGAAGUGGACAAAGAAAGAGAUGAAGACUCAUGA